AUGCCGACUGAAUUAGAAGAGCUUGUCGAUUUCAUAUCCCAUGGCAACACUCAAGUGCGAACGAUCGCCAAAGAUGCGAUUACAAUUCUUAUAAACUUGUCGACAGACAAGGACGUUUUGGAAUAUCUUGCGAGUGAUAAGGAAUUUAUCAAUACAUUACUGGGCAAAUUAACAAACCCCAAGGAACCAAAUGCAAACUUCAUUGCUAUGUUGCUGGCGAAUCUUGCAAAAUGGGACGACUUCAAGCAGAUUAUAACCCUCGAACGUCCUGCGCCGAAAGAAUUAACUUCGAACAAUCGCGCGAUUGAUCAAUUGAUGGAUCUUUUCGUGAAGGGUGCAGAUGGAACAUACAAUACAGAAGCCGACUAUGACUACCUCGCAUAUUUAUUUGCAGAUCUAGCCAAGCACGAAGAAGGAAGGAAAUACUUCCUAACAAAACAGGAAUACGAUGGAGUUGUACCUCUCACGAAAAUGACGGUUUUCACCGAACAUAAAUCAGAUAUUCGUCGAAAAGGUGUUGCGUCGACGAUAAAAAAUGUUGCGUUCGAAAUAGAAUCACACCCCUUGUUCCUGUCAGAGGAUGAGAUCAAUAUAUUACCAUAUUUACUGCUACCUAUCAUGGGAAGUGAGGAAUUUGACGAGGAGGAUACUAUGGCAAUGUUACCAGAUCUACAAUUAUUACCACCAGAUAAAGAGAGAGACAGCGAUCCGACUAUCAUGCAAACCCAUGUGGAAACAUUGAUGCUACUCACAACGACAAGAGAGGGGAGAGAUAUAAUGAGGGAGAUCAAGGUAUACCCAAUAAUAAGGGAAUUACAUUUGAAGAUUGAUCAUGAUGAAAUGAGAGAGGCUUGUGAGAGACUGGUACAGGUUUUGAUGCGGGAUGAAGAGGGGGAAGAGAAAGUAGACUCCGGCAUGAAAACCUUGGCCAGAAGAUCUGACAAGCCUUCUUCAUCUCCAAAGCCAUUCUCAUCACAGUCAAAUGGUGUUGCAGGAAGUUGGGCAUCACAGGAUGCAGAAGACCCUGCAUCAGAUUCGGACGAUGAUAAGAUAGUAGAAGUAUAA